AUGACUGAGAUUUUGCGAAUGAUGAGUAAAGGUGACAAUGAUUGGGAUAUGUAUGUAGGACAUGUUUUGUGGGUAUAUAAUGCCACACUGCAGAAGAGUAUAGAACCCGCAAAAUACCCACCGAUUUCUACAGAAGGAAGGAAGGCUCCAAUUUACAAAACCAAUGUGGCAGUAAUCUAUCAUUCUUUGUUGGAAGAUUAUGGAUUCGCGGGACUGAAGAGAUUACAAGGAACGCUUGGUAUAAAACCAAUGGGAAAUAGCAAGUAUUCACGCCAUCUUAGAUAUCUUUAUGAUAAAAUGGAUACAUAUUUUCAGAUGAAACAAGAGAAAAUCUUUGAAAAUAUAAGAACAUACUACAGGAAAUAUAUGGGAAUUGUGCCUGAUGAAAAUGGAAUACUCAAUAUUGACGUAUCCUACGAUGGGACAUGGAUGAAAAGAGGCCAUGUUUCUAAUGUAGUGAUGAACAAAGUUUGCAAAGCAUGUGCCGCUAAAACGACUGAACUAAAAGAAAUGAAAAUAACAGAAGAUUUCAACGUGUGGAGAACCCUUCAUGAUGAAGAUUGUAAUAUAAACUAUGAAGGUACAUCAGAAGGGAUGGAAACAGAAGGCGCCAUAAGGAUGUUUUCAAGGUUGCAAGAUUUGGGAUUCCACUACGCCACCUUUGUUGGAGACGGAGAUUCCAGCGCUUAUAAUAGUGUUUUAGCAAUGAACGGUGGAAAUGGACCGUAUGAAAAUUUAAAAGUGGCGAAAAUAGAAUGCAUCAACCAUAUAAAGAAAAGAAUGACUAACAGAACGAAGAGACUAAGAGAAGAUGAAAAAGAAGAGAGAGUAACAAGAACUGGAAAAAGAAGAAAAUUUAGUGCUCUAAGUGGAAAGAAUAAAUUGUCGGAUACAAACAUUAGGGGGCAUAAUGACUAA